GAGCUGCUGCGCGCUGUCUGGAUUUCCAUGAGGCUUUGGACACACGCAGCCUGCCGCUGACGGGACCUCAGACGGAGUCGCCUGUGAAAAAUGUGAACGCGUGAACAAUCCGCAGCGAGUGAAGAGGUGAACGCACCUGCGCGCAGCCAUGGGAAGCCAGAUGACCAGAAACGCGCUGUACGAUUCCCUGAAUGGGCCUUUUCCAGUCACAUCCCACGGAUGCCACCAUAAGCCCACACGAUUCAUUCAGCCAUGCGGCGGUGGCUUGUCCUCAUUCCCUCUGCUCUUCCACCCCAGCACAAAGGGCUCGCAGAUCGUCAUGGACAUGUCCCAGAGGACUGUCAAAAGACAGUCCAGCUUCUGUAAUGCCAUCACCUUCAGCAACAGACCUAUCGCUAUGUAUGAGCAAGUGCGACUGAAGAUCACUAAAAAGCAGUGCUGCUGGAGCGGCGCACUGCGUCUUGGUUUUACGUCUAAAGACCCUUCCAGAAUCAACCCAGACAGUUUGCCGAAGUAUGCCUGCCCCGACCUGGUCUCCCAAAGCGGUUUCUGGGCAAAGGCGCUACCGGAGGAGCUGUCCAAUGAGGGGAACAUCAUCGCCUUCUGGGUGGACAAGAAAGGCAGAGUGUUCUACCGGAUCAACAACUCAAGCCCGAUACUCUUCUUCAGCGGUGUCCACAUGUCUGAACCUCUCUGGGCUCUCAUUGAUGUCUACGGCCUCACCAGAGGCAUCCAGCUGCUUGAAGAAUCCUCUCGUCCAGACAAAGAAAGAGUGCCAACAACUAGGCCUACUCAUAACUGUGUUUCUCACAUGGAAACAGCACCUGCUGCUGCGAGGUGCGAGUGGAAAAGGCGCGACGCCAGGAUGCAGAGGCCCGAUCUGUGGAAUACUGAGAGUGAGAUGCUCCCUGUGAUGCAUCCUCGUUCUUUAGCUGCCUCCCACCAAGCCUCCAUCCAGCAAAACGGUGAUGACUCACGACUUUCAAUCAGCAUGUGUGACCUUAGCGUGCACCAGCAGGAGAUGCAUGUGGAGGAGGAAGAUGAGGAAGAGGAUUUGCCACAACCCCUGAGCUCCUCCUCCUCCUGUCACGUGCCGCAAAAUGCACAGAACUCCCAGCAGUCUUUGCUCAUGCCCACCCACUUGGAGACAGAUCUACAUUUCCACUCAGUGCAUGGCAUCCACGUGACAGCUCUGGAUAAGCAGACAGUCGCUCGGCUAGAUCACCGGGGCGAUGAGAGGACCCUGGUGUUCACCAGCCGGCCGCUACGCUGUUCAGAAACAGUUUUUGUGAAGGUGCCAAAAACGGUAACGAACGUGCGGCCUGGGUCUCUUUCUUAUGGUGUGACGUCGUGUGACCCAGCCACUGUGAAACCCAGUGAUCUGCCUCACAAUCCCAAGUCCCUGUUUGACCGCAAGGAAUUCUGGCUGGUUUGCCGGGUUGGUGUCCCACUGCAGGCCGGAGAUAUCCUGGGCUUUGUGGUGAAUGCAGAAGGCAAGUUCAUGGUGACCCAUAACGGCAUCAGUGCAGGGAGGCAGCUGUGUGUAGAUAACUCCAGGCCGCUCUGGAUGUUCUACGGUCUGCACGGCGCCGUCGCACAACUGAGGAUUUUAGGCUCAUCUCUGCAGCCAGAUGUCAGAGGUCCAUCAAUCCCCAGCUCCCCAUCCUGCGCGCACAACAUUCCCACUCUGCUGUGCAAUGGCAACUCAGAGCUCAACCUCAACACUUCCUUAAACGUUAACCUCAACUCCCACUGCCAGACGGUCUUCACUUCCUCCACAGGUACAACCCCAAGCUCUCCAUUCUCCAGCCACCCACAGUCCCCAACCUUGGCAUCCUGCUCAAGCUCAUGGAGUGACGAGUGUACGAUUUGCUAUGAGAACGUCGUGGACACAGUCCUCUACGCCUGUGGACACAUGUGUCUCUGCUACGCCUGUGCCCUCAAACUCAAGAAGAUGGCUAAUGCUUGCUGCCCCAUCUGCAGGAGGACAAUCAAAGAUAUUAUCAAGACCUACCGGAGCACGUAGGCCUGUAAUAAUGUCCUAUAUAGUCAGGUUCAGCUCAAGGAAGGUGUUAAAGCCAUCUAAGACUGUACAGAUGCACAAACUCUGUGUGGGUUUUGACUUCGCUGCACCGUUAUUAUUCUUGCUGAAUGUCAAUCCUCCGUGUGUGUGUGUGUGUGUGUGUG